AUGGCGGCGCAGUGGCUUCGCCACGACAAAGAGGGCGAACCAGGGGCGGCAACGCGGCAACAAAGAAGGUGCAGCAGGAGAGUAGGGGCUAAAGAGGGGCCCGAGAAGCUUCAGAUGCUAUCGCGGGCGGACAUGUUACACUACGUGGAUGUGAGAGGCGCCUGGGAUUGGCAGGAGUGCGAGUGUUGCUUCGACCGUGCCGUGAGCUACCGCGCACAGCUCGCACUUCGCAUGGUGGGCCUGGCAGGAUUUCGUUCCCUCCUUCUGGCGCAUUUGCCUGACUCCAUCCCGCUCGUCCCUUUCAGUCAACCAGCCAGCGCCAUUGCUGAGUACUCUGCAGGAGUACACAUGAAGCCUCUGGAGUGUUCGCCACCUCAACCGGUCUUCAGCGUCAAGUGUGUGGUGGCGCCCAUGCGCUGUGCCGAGGCGAUGAUUGUCGAGUGGAUGGCUGAGCCGCGUGUGGGUGUGCUCAUGGACCUGGGGAGGAUCAGAUCCUGCCUCCCUGCCAUUUUGGCUGCUACAAAUACUGGUACAACUACAGGAGUGCCUCCUGCAACACCUGUUGCUUCUGCUGCUGCUAGUGAGACGUGGGCUACUCGCUGGGCUGCCUACCGCCGGGCUGUCAGCUUUGCUGCGUUCCUCAUGCUAGUAGCGCGGUGCCCGCGUGUUGUGAACCUAAGAACGGUGUCUUUGUCUACUCACUCCGCCGCUUAUCCGGCUAUCAUGCAGCUGGGGGCGACCAGACAGAUUGAAAACGACUGCUUUGUGUCCAUGCUGGUGCAGGUGCUGGGGGUGAAGGAGAGUGCUGAGCUGCAGGAAGGGUUUGGGUUCUUCGUGCAGCAUGUGCUGUCAGGCGGGCUGGAGAAGGCGCAUGGUGAGGGGAGGGGCGGAGCUGAGGGGGGGGCUGCUGAGAAUGCGCAGGGGGAGGAGGGACGGGCGAAUGGCGAGGUGAUGGAUAGGGGUGGGGGCAUGGAAAAGGAGGAGCAGCAGGGAGGUGACCUGGCAAGGUUGAUUGUGACGCAGGUUGAUACUGGUGGUGGGAAGGGCAGAGGGGACGAAGGGGAACCGGAGCAUUGCAGCGAGGCGAGCAGAGGGGAAGAGAUGCACAGCCGCGAGGCGAAUAAUGCAGCUGCUGGGGAGGGUGGCAGUGGGGGGAAGAAUGGGCAGUGGAGGGAGAAUUUGAAGGGUCGUGUGUGGGAGAGGUAUGUGGAUGGCAUGGCUUGGAUUUUGGCGCAUGGAGAGGGGGAAGGGAGGGAGUUUAGAUGCAGCCACUGCAGUGAGGAGGGGGGCAACAACACUGGCAGUGACGUGCAAUUGAAUGGUAUUCCUAAGGGCAUGUAUGUGAGUGGGGUAAGUGCCACGGAUUUUGCUCUUGCUUUGGCCGCGGAGCUGUCUAAGCCAGAGAAGUGUAUCGAGGCGGUUCUAUACGUGCUGGAUGGGAACAAUGCCAAUAAGGGCGAUGAAGCUGCUGCAAAGCUACCUGAUGAUCCCGAUGCGAGAUUCUUUCAGCUGGGUAUUGUGGAGGAGAGUUCAAUGGGAGUGGAGUGUGGUCAGAGGGUAACAGAACAAGAUUCAAAGUUUGGGAGGAAGCACGUUAGGGAGAAGGGGCGAAAAGCCAAGGCAUCUGGCAAAGGAAGUGACGUCAGAGGGGGUGAUACAAACAGAGGGUUUGGGGAAGACCAAGGAGGCACUUCACAUGCGUCCGGCAUGACUGUUGCGCGGCCACCUCUGAGAGGAGAGGUGCCCAUGGCUGGAUGUGUGGAGGAUGCUGAGUUCAUUGUGGACGCCAUCAGCCUCGUUGCCAGCCCACUCGCAUGCGCCAAAUGCAUCCGAUGCUACCGCAGCUACACCUCCUUCAUCCCAUCCAUCGCUCUCGACGCCAAGUUUGCCUACCGCCCCCUCAGUGUCCUCGUCAACCGCUUUCUAUCCGUCUUCCCGCCGCACUCCGCUGGGUUCGACAAGCUUGUGAAGGCGAUGGGGUUGUCGCCAUUUCCCCCAGGCCCGCCUGCGCUGGCCAACCUGGCGAGGCUGCGCGGCGAGAUAGAGGCGGAGCGCCUUGGCUUUUUCAUGUUCGUCGCCCUCACGUGGCCCGCCUCCAUUCUGGAUAUGGAACAGUUUGAGAGCAAACGGGCGGAGGAGGGGGACGGGAUUCGAGUGAAGAAGAGGGUGGGGAGGAAGAAAGGGAAGGCACGAGGGGAGGAGGAGGAGGAGGACGAUGGGGAGGUGUGGGAGGAGUUGCAGUCAUGGUGCUACACGGCAAAAGUAGCUUGGCCAUCUGCCAUGCGUGUUGCAUUGAGCAAUUCCAAUGUCGAGUCGGCUCGUUCAGGUCUCAGUGGUGUGUGCACGGGCAGUGAGGGGCGGCAGAAGAGGGCGCACGUGGACACGCGGAUGGCUAAUAUAGUCAACACAGGGGCGGCGAAGAGGAUCAGACAAAGGGUGCGGGACCGUGCUUGGGCUGCGUGGAGAAGCAGCACUAGCAACAGCAGUAGUGAUGCAGUCAUGGGGAUUGGUGCUGCUGCUGGUACUGGCAGCGCCAGCAACGGUAGUAGUGGCAGAGAAAGUGGUGAUGGUGCUGGCACUAGUGAUAUUGCUUGUGCUGGUGAUGGUGCUAGUGGUGUUGCUGGUGCUGGUGGUGGUGCUGGUGGUGGUGCUGGUGCUGGUGCUGGUGCUGGUGUUGAUGGUAGCAAGAGCACUAGGGGAAAGGGGAAGAAGCUGGAGCUGCCACCUUAUCAGAUUCCAUGGCCUGGGGGAGUCAAUCUCGUGGCAUGUCUGCGGGUUAUGCUGCUGGGGGAGCCAUGCUACCGCCACGCUUCCCCGGCUGCCGCUUCCGUCCCUCCUUCUGUUGCCAACACCACUGCGGCAGCACCAAAUACAACGGCCUCUGCCUCUUCCAUCCCUGCCGCUCCAACCAAUGUUGCUGCUCCGAGCACUGCUGUCUCCUCUACCCACCCACCUGUGCACACCGUUGCUACCACGUUAACCCAUGAUGCCUCGUCCACCCAUGUCACUCCAACCAACGGUGCUGCAACAGGCACUGCAGCUGCACCUGCACCCGUAGCAGAUGCAAAGGCCUUUGGUCCCGAUGCGUGCAGGGGAAGUAGGUGCGGUGCUGCGGGGUGUGCGAGUUUGGAAGGUGGUGGUGUGAAGCUGAGGAGCUGCGGUGGGUGUGGCAAGGUGGCGUAUUGCAGCAGAGACUGCCAAAAGGCGCACUGGCCCUCCCACAAGCUCACAUGCCCCGGCAGGACCAGCAGGAAGAGGAGUGCGAAUGUGAGUUGUGAAACAGUGGCAAGGUGA